GAUGCGUUCCACCCUUGCUCACCUCAACCUUCCGAGCGGAUACAUACCCAUCGUCCCGCACGCCCUCCCGCCGCCAUGACAUCCAGGAUGACAGUGGGGCUGCUGUUUCUGGCAGCAGCUGUGUGUGCGUCGAGCGCUCAGACCAACAACAGCAGCAAUGACAACCGACAGCAGCAGCAACGCAGCGUCUGGGACGAGCCCAUCAGAUUCAGCACCAAAACCAAAGACUCCUGCACCAUGGUGGUGUCUGCAGCCGGGGACUAUACUCGCCUGCGUGUCUCCUGCAAAGGUCCGAGCCAGGGCCAGACGCCGGCACGCUCCUACUACUGCGACUUCCAGGGCAAGCCCAACUCGUGCCGCGCCUACAACCUCAACCCUCGCCACUACUUCACCCAGACGAUGUGGGACAUGAGGAAGCUGAGCCACGCCUGCCAGGGACCCAAAGUCUACCGCCCAGCCAUGUGCAAGAAGUACCCAGACGAGGCCCAGAUGACCUUCCUCUCCUCCUGGCCCAAGACCGCCGGCUCCAAGCCCUCUAAGACCGCCCAGGAGGCCGGCAAGCCGGUCGUGCCGGCCAAGAACAAGCCCGCCACCACGCCCAAAUCCGUCAAGCCCCAGCCGGUCAAGCCCCAGCCAGGCAAGGGCCCCCAGACCAAGAGAACUACCCCCAAGCCUGUGAAGACCACUACGAGUGCCACGGAGCAGCCGGACUCCGAAGCCUCCCGCGUCGCCUCCGAGUACUGCUGGGAGAGCUUUCACGGCGUCUGCACCUACUUCAUCGGCUGGUUCCAGAACUGAGGCGAUGCUGCAGACACGGGCUGGCGACACCAGCGGCAGAACUCGCCUCGUCCAUCUUCGACCUCCAGGAUCUGUGCUGAAGUGACUCUAACACCUCGUUGGGCCUGACUCCCGACACCGCGGCAUCUUCUACGAGCCGAGCCAAAAUCACUCAACCUACUUGCGUACGGUUCGUUCAUGAUUGCUGGUGCUGUCAUGAUGUGUAUAUGUCUUUUUUUUUUUUUUAAUAAUCUGUAACAACACACAGCAAGGCAAAAUGGAAAAUAUGGCAGGCAUUUGAUUGUGUUUGUAUAUGAUGUAAAAAAAAAAAUGCCUUCCUUGUGUCACAUCAAUGUUCCAACAACAAGUAAAGAGAAUAAAGUCAGAGCGGAGAGAUCUCAUCUUCCACCUUUUUC